AUGAAAAUAUUUGCUUCAAUAUUUCUUUUAAUUUAUCAUAUUGGUUUAUUUUAUAUUUGCACAUUGAUCUUUCUAUCAAAUGCAACUAACAUUCCACAAUAUCAUUCAAUACGGCAUAUAACAAAUAAACGAGAAGUAAGAUCAACUUUAAAUGAUGAUCGACAGUUAAAUUUUCGAUUUUUGAGGCAACCUGAAAGCCAAAUUGUAAAAAGUAACAAUAGUGUUAUACUAAAUUGUGAAUUUGAAGUUGAUAAAAAAGAUAAACUUGAUAUAAAAAUUGAAUGGAGAAAGGACAGUUUAAUUGUAAAUUCUUUACGGAGUACUGGAAGGAUUUUGGUACUCGCUAACAAUUCAAUAUUAAUUGAAGGGGCAAUUCUUGAAGAUGAAGGUUCAUAUCAAUGUGUGGUGCAUGUUACAGAUGAACAUUCAAAUCUCUGGUCAUUUAUAUCAAAGAAAGGAAAUAUUUUUUUACUACAAACAAUUAUAAAAUUUGCCUCUCAACCUAAAUCUCAAACAGUUUUUGAGGGUAACAGUGCUGUUUUUGAGUGUCAAUUGAGGCCGAGUGAAAUCCUUUUUCAUCCAUCAGUGUCAUGGUAUUAUAACGGAAAAGUAAUUGAAGUGACAAACAAUGAUUAUAAAAUUGUGCCUGAAACAAACACAUUAGAGAUUCAAUCCGUUAAAAAAACUCAUCAAGGAUCAUAUUAUUGUAUUAUUUCUUAUGAUGGUUUUGAAAAAAAGUCAGAAAUUGGUAUCUUAACAUCAAAGGAAGACACUUCAAGUAAAAAUGACAAUGAAUUGUCAAUGUCAUUAUCACCACCAUCUGAAAUUGAUGUUAUUCUUGGGGAAAAGUUUGUAUUACCAUGUUUAUCUUCAAAGCCAUCUACAACAAUCGUAAAGUGGAUAAAUGGAAGUAGUAGUAACAAUAAUAUUAUUCUACAAAACAAUAGAAUUAAACAAGUUGGCCAUAGUUCAUUACUAAUAGAAAAAGCAGAGAUUUUUGAUAAUGGUAUAUAUACAUGUCAAGUAACCAGUUCCAAAGAUGUCAUCGAGAAGAGUACAAGAGUUAAUGUUCGAAGAAAACCAGAAAUAAUUAAACCACUGCAUAAUCAAAUUGCUCAGGAAACAAAAGACAUUGAAAUUAAUUGCGCUGUUGAAAGUUUUCCCAAGUCAAAAAUAACAUGGUAUAAAAAUGGUGAACCAAUUAUACCAUCAGAGUAUUUUGUUGUUAUUAAUUACAAUAACUUAAAAGUACUUGGUUUAGUUAAAGAUGACCAAGGAGUUUAUCAAUGUUUAGCUGAAAAUGAUAUUGGUAGUGUUGAGAGUCAUUCUCAAAUUAUGAUAGAUACACCAGCAUCAUUAUUAGCACUAGCAGCAUCUUCUGGUCAUCCAAAAAAACCUGGUAAACCUUCAGGAUUAAAAAGUGUUAAUAUAGGGAGCAGAUUUAUUGAGUUGACAUGGGAUCUUCCAACCGGUAACAAUAAAGAUAUUGUGCGUUAUCACAUUAUGUACAAAGAAGUUGGACAAAAUCGUGAAAGAACAUUGAAUACAUCAUUGACAAAUAUUGUUGUUAAUGGAUUGUCAGCUGAGGCAACUUAUACUUUUACUGUUUCAGCAGAAAAUUAUGCUGGUAUAGGUGAAGCAUCAAAGCCACUAGUAAUAACAACAGAAAAAGAAGAUUUAGUACCAGGAAAAGUAAGAAAUUUAGUUGCAAAAGCAUCAGAUUCAGAAAGUAUUGAUGUGUCUUGGGAUCCACCAUUAACAGGUGGAGGAAAUACUAAUGUUUCACAUUACAACUUAUUUUAUUCUAAAAAAGAUGAAGACAGAGAAACGAGAAUUCCAAUGAUUAAGACAUUUCAUACACUUCACGGUUUAUCAAAAAAUACUGAGUAUAAAAUCCGUGUAGAAACAGAAGGAAAAAAUGGUGUAGGAAAGUCAUCAGAUAUUUUAUUUGUUAAAACAUUAUCUGAUGUUCCAAGUGGUAAACCAUAUAAUAUUAAAGUUAUUAAUAAAAUGGCUGAUUCACUCUUAGUUUCUUGGAUUGGUCCAAAAGAGGAUGAAAAGAAUGGUGAUAUAACAGGAUAUAUUAUUAAGUAUAAAGCUAAGAAAAAAAAUUCAAAAUUAAAAAGUGUAUUUGUUAAAGGUAAUGUACAAAAAUUUGAAUUAACUCGCCUAGAAGGAGGAACACAAUAUUCGAUAAGAAUAGCAGCAAUAAAUUCAAAUGGAACAGGACCAUAUUCAGAAGCAAUACAUGCUGAAACAACUUUUGAAGAAAGAGAUGAAAAUCGUAUUGCUGGUGCUCCAAUUGAAUUAAAAGUUAUACCUUCACAUGAUAGGAUAAAAGUUUCAUGGCAAGCUCCAAAAGAUGAUUCUGUUAUUAUACGUGGAUAUAAUAUAGGAUGGGGUGUUAAUGUUCCUGAUGUUGACUCUGUACAAGUUGAUGAAAAUACUAAAGAAUAUACUAUUAAAAAUUUAAAACCCAAUAAAGAAUAUGUUAUCUCAGCAAGAGCUUUUAAUAAUGCAGGAAAUGGUUUUCCUAUAUAUGAAACAAUUAGAACCACUUCUUAUAGUAAUAAUGUAUUUGCUGGAUUUGGAAAAUCUAAUGAUAAAAACAAAGGAAGUGAUGAAACAUAUUAUAAUGAUGAUGAUGAGAGUUUUGGUAGUGAAGGUAAAUUUGAAGCAACUGAUGAAAAUGGCGUUCCAACUUACGUAACAUCGGAAACACUUUCAGCUACUUCUAUUAAAAUUAGUUGGAGUGAAGAAAAUAUAAAUGUUUUUAAUCCAGAAUAUUCAGUUAAAUAUUUUUCUCGCGCAGAUCCAAGAGGUGAAGUAAAAUAUGUCAAAACUUCUGAAAAUGAAAUAGAAAUAGAGGGACUUCGCCCAAAUACCGUUUAUGAAUUUUCUAUUCGACUUAUUGGUUCAACUAAAUGGAGCGCUCCUUCGUCAAAUAAAACAAUGCCUGCACCACCUAGUAGUGCUCCACAAGAUUUAACUAUAAUUCCUCCAUCUCAACAUUAUCGUAAAAGUGAUCCUAAUUCUGUUACACUUAAUUGGCAACCACCAAAGUAUGCUAAUGGUGAGAUUCUUGAAUAUCUUAUAUAUUAUUCUAAUAAAGAGGAACUUCCUGACAAAGAUUGGCUUCGUGAUUCAGUUAGAGGAGAUAAACUUAGUUUAGAAAUUUCAAAUUUAUUACCUUUUACAACCUAUCAUUUUAAAGUUCAAGCUCGAAAUGUAAAAGGUUAUGGUCCAUUAUCAAGACCUGUUUCAUAUAUGAUCAGUGGUUCGCAAUCUAAAAAUUUAGGUAUUUUUGGAAAUGAAGAAGGAAGUUUGUUAAGUCCAAAAAUUAUUUCUUUUAUAAGAGCUAAUUUUAUACUAAUAAUUAUUGGUGUUAUUGUUAUUGUUGUUUUACUUUUAAUUAUUAUAUUGUGUGCUAUUAUUUGUUCAAAUAGAAGAAACAAUCCAAAAAGUAGUAUGGCUCAUCAAAAUGGGGCAUUGUAUUCUACUGUUAACAAUAGAAGACAAGGAAUAAAUGACAAAGAUAAUAGAGAUGGUGUUUCUGAUUUAUGGAUAAAUGGAAAUCCUAACAAUUCUAGUAGAGAAGUAUAUUGUGAUACUCCAGAAAUAACACUUUUAGAUGGACAAAGGAUGGCUAAAAAUUCUGCCGAUAGCCCACCACCAUUAUAUCAAACAUUACAAGAUAAUCAAAAAGGUUUAAAUUCCCUUUCUCCUUUUUCCCUUUGUCCAAGUGUUGAUGCAAGACGUAUAUCUACAUCAUCAGAUAUUUCUGUAUCAACAAAUAUUUGUAAAGGCCGUACUCCACCUAUGUUACCAUUACGAAUGACAGAAUCUCUUCAUGAACCAAAAAAAGUUUUAGUUCCUACAGUUCCAUAUCUACGACCAAUAGUUGUACCAUCAUUAGCCACAAUAAAGUCAUUAAAAUUAGCUAGCUUUGCUUUUAAAAAAGAAAUUAGUGAAACAAAUUCUGGAGAUACUCCAUCUACAACUGCAACUUUUUUAUCUAAUUCAGAAAAUGGAGAUUGUGGUACAUUACAACGCAGUUAUCAUCAUUCCUCAAAUUCAUUAGAAAUAGGAAGUCAACGACAAAGAACUCCACAAAUUUUAUAUACAGGAACUAAUAGACAACCUAUUGCAAAAAUUGAUUUUACUUCUACAACUGCUUCUGAUGUUGGUUCAAAUUUUUCUGGUUCAACAACAGCAUUACCUGUUCAUACACCUCCUCCACAGGGUGAUAUUUCUUAUUCUGGUAGUAAUGUUUCUAAAAGACCCUCUAGUCAUUUAAGAUCUUUUACUCAUUUAAAUAAUAUUGGUUUAUCAUAUGUAAAUAAUCAACAAGCAAAAACAGCUCAUAUUGUACGACCAUUACCUACAUCAAAUUCUCCCAUAGCAACAUCUACACCAACUGCUCCUUCAAAUGGAUCUCCAGGUAUUAUUAAACCAUACAAUUCACAUUCUCAGACAUCAGUUCCUAUUGGUAGAGCUUCUGCACAACCAAGAGUAAAUAUGGCAAGUAUAUAUACACCAGUUAGUCCAAUAAAAAAUAAUCAAAAUAAUGUUAUUGGAAUAAAUGAUAAUGAAACAGAUUCACGAUAUAGUGAUAGUACUAUGGGUUUUAAUCAAGAUACUAAUUACAAUCAUUUAAAUAAUUUACAGCCUUCUAAUAGUUUUGAGGAGAUAAAUUCAGAAAUGGAAUCACUCAAUACAAUGAUAUUAGAUAUUCGUGCUUUACAUCAUGAAUUUAAUGAAUCUAUAUAG